AUGAGCGCCUCCAGCUCGCAACAAGCCCAGCUGCAAGAGCAGAUCUCCCUCAUCCAAACCCAAGAAUCCUCCCUCGUCCUAUCCGAACUCCACAACGACACCGCCUUCACGCUCGGCACUCUCAUCCGCACCAACUUCCUCUCCCGCUUCGAUGCGCAAACCGACGGCAUCGUCAUCCACAUCUCCCUGUUUUCCGGUCACACGCUCUUCUCGUGCGCUGUGGGCAACCCAUCCAAAGUCGCUGCUGACAACUGGGACUGGGUACGACGCAAAAGCAACACGGUCAAACGAUUCGGUCUAUCGAGCUUCCUCGUCGGUCGUCAGAGACUAGCCAAGGGGAAAGAGCUGGACGGUUUGGGGGCCGAUUACGCUGCUCACGGUGGAGGUUUUCCCAUCCGCAUCAAGGGUUGCACUGCCGGUCCAGUAGGCGCCAUCGUCGUAUCCGGGCUGAAGCAGGAGGACGACCAUCAGCUGAUCGUAGCCGCUCUUCACCAACUCAUCGCCCAAAAGUAG